GAAGAACGUAUGUUAUUUUGAUGAGAGAACCUCCGCACUGCACUCGAAAGGCAUCCCCUGAAAGAGCCAUCCUCUCUUUCACGAACCCUCCAACAAAAUCCCUCGCAUUCUCAUGAUGAAGGGAGUUCAGCUAACUACAUUCUCAGCUGACUUCGAAGAUCCGCCGGAUGAGGAAGGGAUGAAGUGGUCCCAUCGGAGGAGCGAUUACCUUGUAGCGGAGAAAGUGAAUUCCUCUCGAAAAUUAAUCGUCAUCAAGUAUCCUCUCAGAGGUCGACUGAAGUACCAAAUCAGUGCCAUAGCGAGAAAACUGAGGGAGGGGGUCAGAAGACAUCGGAGGAACGUGGAAAACUCACUCAAAGUCCAGGCAACCUUAGUCUUGGGACCGAUCUAUGAACAGCAGAAGAUUUCCUACGACGCAGUUCGAGCAAUCGAGGAGCGCAUCCGUCAAAAUCAGACGCACCAGUUAACGCCCCAAGAAGAAUACUCAUGGAAACGGUGGUAUGAAUCUGAUAGGCUCUUCAGAGCGCUCGUACACGCCAAAAUGCACGCACAUUGUUCAGUGGAAGCCUACGGUCGCGCCCAUCUCGAAAUCCAAGAAUGCUACGGAAAAGUCAUUAAGUACAAGACCGAGAUUGAACGCACGGCCUCGGAGCGAAUAUCGAAAUAUCGGAGACGCAAGAAGCUAUCAGCGAUUCUCUUAGAGCUUUCGUGUGUCCCUAUAGAGCUGAACACCCACCUAGAUCUUUGUGUCAGUACUUCUCGUAAGCUCUCCGUGAGUCUUCGGAAAUAUGAAGUUCUCAAGAAGGCUUUCUUCCACGACUUUCAUGAACGCGCUUGAAGAUUAGUCAAUUUUAAAUCUACGUCCUUCACAACUCUCAGCUCCUUUAACGUAUCAAGGAGGGGAGUGAUCAGUUUUUUUCUAUAUAUUUCUACAUGUACAUGACCCGUCAGGCAUACCAUCGGUCGAGUAGGGGAUUCACAGACCAGGCCCUCCUCGUCCCGACGAUACUUUAAACUCAUAAAAUUAGUUCGUCG